AUGUCCCAGUCAAGUAGGGAUAUGAGCUUAUUACCUGAUAUGGGUGAUGGGAGUAAUAGUGAUGACGGUACCAAUGAUAACAGGAAUUCCAGUAAUAACAAUAAUAGUAAGCCGGAGAUACCAGAUUUUAUGACUCAAAAACCUCUACUGUCAAGGACCACAACGGAGGUGGACACAAAUCCUGUUCUAAGUGAUAUGCAAAUAUCCGCACCCAUUGGCUUAGAGUUGACGAAUGAGAGACGUGAAAGUUCAAAUGGGGACGAUGUCCAAGAUAAUAGAAUGACGAUAAGAUCGAACAUUGCACUGCCAUUACCGAAACUCACAAAAGAUGCCGAAACUCCAAAUUUACAUAGCGAAUCGCUACAGCGGACGUUGACUAAUGAUUCUACUACUGAUUUUGACGUUCUUUCGAAGACAGAUUCUGAAAACCCAUCUCUAGGGCAAGGAGAGCAACCCAAAUCAUUACACUUUUCGUUAGGAAAUAGUGCCCGGACCAAAAGAUCUAGCAUAUAUGAAUCUAAGUCGACAGUUACAGCAAUUCCAAUAAGAACCCCUUCAAAUUCCAACAGAAAUAUUCACGCUUAUAACCACCCACAUUCUUAUUCGGACAGAGAUGAUGUGGUGUCCAUGAAGAGUGUCUCCUCAUCACUAACAGCAUCUUUCUCACGAAGCUUCUUGUUCGGAUUCUAUGACAAGAAGCAAAAGGGAAAAUCGAAGAAGAAGAAUAUUUUGUCCAAAGAGUACUGGAUGAAGGAUGAGAGUGCAAAAGAAUGUUUCAACUGUGCUAAGCCAUUUACAACCUUUAGAAGAAAACAUCAUUGUCGAAUUUGCGGACAAAUUUUCUGCAGUAGCUGUAGUUUCCUAAUAACUGGUGAGAGCUUUGGUUAUAGUGGACGAAUGAGAAUAUGUGGCAAGUGCUACGAACACUCUAUGAACUACGAGGAUUCCAGUGAGGAAGAGUCAGAAGAAGAAAUCAUUCAUGAUCAAGUAAGCAGUAGAAACAUUGAUGAUGAUGCCCCAUCUUUAAACAACGAUGACAUACAAAGUAUCCUUACAAAUGUAGAUGAUCAUAAGGUCCACAUAAGCACUCCUGAGCCCCUGCCGAGAAUGGCUAUUCCAGCAACAAAACAAGGUGAGUCUUUAGAAAUUUCUUUCCAUAGUAAAGCAAACAACCACGGUUACCGCAAAAGUAGGCCACGUAGAGGAACACAAGACAGAUAUGCUUUGCACAACCUCGAAAAGCUUUCUCCAAUACCACAAGAGCAUGCUGAUUCAAAACACUCUCCCGAGCGAUCCUUACUGAUAAAUAAAAAUAGCCAGCAUGGGCAUAUGAGACCGUCAUUUUCAAGUUACCUAAGCCAAAAAAAUGGGAGCGCUCUAAGGAAAGAUACGCCCAACAACCCAAAUGUGAUGAAAACUUUAGCCAAUAACAACUUCAAAUUUGAGUUCAAUUAUGACAUGAAUAACUUCCAAAGCUAUCUGCAGAAAGAGCGGCAACCCGCAGGAUUAUCUGAGAGCAAACAGCUGCCACUUUUAUCAAAUCGCUAUAGCAGCCCAAACUUUCAAAGCGGAUUUGAAUCGAGCGACGAGGGUUCUGAAGAUGAGGCAUCAAUGUCAUUGUAUACAGCAUUGAAUGAAACACAUAAACACGAUAAAAAUCGUUCUCUAACAAUGAGGAACUCGACAAAUUCAUCACAACGUGCCGAGGCUUCUCUACAAAGAAUGAGACAAAGAAGAAAAAGUAAGAGCAGACCUGGUCCCAUUAACAAUAAUGGCAGGGGAGAAUUUAGCUUUAUGAAUUUAAGCGCACCGAAUCUCGUAACAGUUGUAAACAACGACUUAGUAUUUUCGAAGAAUCAGAACCCCCAAUUGCAAAAGCAGAAGUAUGAUUCUAAUUCCAAGGAUGCAAGAAAAUCGAUACUCAACUCAUCUACAUGGAGAAGAAUAUCUCUUGACAAGAGAGAAGAACUAAACGAUGUUUGUAAGUUGCACUUAGAAGCGCUUUUACAGCAAGCAUUAACAGAUCAAGAGAUACCAGGAGAGGGAGAUUGGAUUGCUAUAUUUAAUAAAAUGAUUGGUCAAAUCCAAGGAAUACCUUUAGACGCAAGAAAAGCCGGUGAUCUAGACUUCAAACAGCAGCAUGUUAAAAUAAAACGUCUCCCCGGUGGGAGUGUGCUAGAUUCAAUGAUUCUGAAUGGUGUUUUGUAUUCGAAAGGUUUACCUUUAAAAACUAUGCCCAGAGUGGUUAUGAACCCUCGUAUUCUUUUGAUAAUGUUUCCUUUGGAGUAUCAAAAGCACAAUAACCACGUUAUCAGUAUAGAAUCCGUUGUUGCACAGGAAAAAGAGUAUCUCAAAAAGCUUGUGCUGAGACUUCAAUCCUUGAAUCCUGAUAUUAUUCUAACUGGAACUUCAGCCAGUGGGUAUGCUCUACAGUUAUUCCAAGAGGUAGGAAUUGUCGUGCAAUGUAAUGUGAAACCACAAGUCAUAGAAAGGAUAUCCAGGUUUACAGGCUGUGACAUUGUUAUUACAAUGGAUAAACUAUCUAGUAAUAUCAAAUUAGGUACGUGCGAGAGGUUCGAAGUUCGCACAUACAUAUAUGGAAAUUUGAGUAAAAAUUACACUUUUAUUACAGGCUGCAAAACACAAGCAGGUAUUACAUUAGUCCUCAGAGGAAAUACUUCCGAAGUUUUGAGAAAAGUGAAAGACGUUGCAGAAUUUGUGGCAUACGCUGUUUUCUCUAUGAAGUUAGAAAGCUCCUUCUUUAAUGACAACUUCUUACAGCUGAAUAUUGAGGCUUAUAAGCAUAUACAACUGUUGAAAAAGCAAAACGAAUCAUUUACCGGAUUCUUUGCAGACUUCAUUGAAAAAUUCAACAGACGGAUAUUGUCAGUUUCUCCAAUUGUUGAAUUUCCCGUUCCUUAUCUACUACAGAAAGCUAGAGACGUAGAGCAACAGCUAAUAGAAAAAACAGCUUUGGUAAAGAAACUUCAGGAUUGCGCAGAAAUAUUAGAAUAUAAGGACUCGAUAGAUUUGUCAAAAAUGCAGUUAGAGACGGCCCUUACACAACGUGAUUUCAAAUAUUUGAUCGGGUUUAUAAACAAUAAAGAGUGCGAUGCACUAAAGCUUCAAUUUGAGACAUUGAAAAAAAAAUGGGAAAUCUACUCAUCUUUGUCACAUAAUAUGUUAGGUACUGGUCCUCAUCAGAGUAUUUCUGUUUUAUAUUCCGUUAUUUCACGUAAAACCACAACACCAUGCAUCGGUCCUGAGAUCGUAACGAUUGACUUUUUCUGGGAGAAUGAUAUUUCCAUAGGUCAGUUUAUCGAGAAUGUAGUGGCGACUGCAUUCAGACCUUGUGCAGAUGGCUGCGGUGGGUUAAUGAUAGAUCAUUACAGAAGCUAUGCUCAUGGAAACGGGAAACUCGACGUGAUAAUCGAAAGACUACAAAGCAAGAUGCCAAUGCUGAAAAACUUAAUUUUAACCUGGAGUUACUGCAAGAAAUGUGGCCUUUCGAGCCCAACUUUACAGCUUAGCGAAAAAAGCUGGAAUUACUCGCUUGGUAAGUAUUUGGAAUUGAUGUUCUGGUCGUCCCCUAAAAACAUCAACAGCAUUGGAAAUUGUACCCAUGAUGUUGCCAAGGAUCAUUUGAAGUAUUUUAGUUUGAAUGAUCUGGUGGUCCGUAUGGAAUACUCUGGAAUUGAUGUUCACGAGUUGAUUACUCCAACUGCUACAAUAACAUGGAAUCCUGGGAAAGAUAUCAAGCUCAAGGUGGAACUAUACUAUCAAAUUCUUGAAAAAAUAGAUGCUUUUUAUGGCAGUGUACUUGAACGGCUUAACAAGCUCAAAAUUGACAGCAUAAACGAUUUGAAACUCAACGAGGCCAAGGAAAGAAUAGUCCAAUUAAAGGUAUUAGUAGAGGACGAAAAGUCUACACUAGGAGCAAAUAUGGAGACAAUAUACACAGGAUUAGAAGGCGAUCAGCAUUUACAAUUGAAUUCAAUAGUAAGAGCUCUUCAUGAUAAUGCUGCUGGUUGGGAUAACGAGUUUGUUGAAUUUGAAAAGGAAUUUCUCCCAACUGAAAAAGAUAUUGCUCGAAUAACAGCUUUACAGCUAAAGAAAAUGUUUACUGAUUUCAAUAAGAUGACUGAGGACAAUGGAAUAAAAGAAAUUAAUGGCGAAGAUGCAGAAGCGGAGGAAAAAUCUAAGUGUAUGGACACUACAUCCGAGGAACAAAGAUCUGACGAAGAAUCUGAUGCUUCUCCGCCAAAGCCAAAGUCAGUACAAAAUGCUGAACUUCCACUGAUCAAAAGUGCUACCACAAACACAUUCUCAGAGGAGACAAUUGGAAAAGUGACUGGGCCUAGAAAACAAUCGAUGACAUCUUCCUUGGAUCGUAACCUCAUAAGGAAGAACAGUAACAAUAGCACUUACACGCAAUCUAGUAAAGAUCGAAACUCAGAUACCAAAGUUGGGCAACUAGCAAACUUUUUUGAUCAGAUACACUUUGAUUCAGUCACAAGAGAAUUUGAGUUACAAAGGGAAAUGGAACGACUUCAUAUGAAUAAAACCAAGUAUCAAGCCAUGAGAGCCAAAUCUCUAAAGCCCCUUGUGGAAAUUUAUAAAAAUGUCCAAGACGCUGUGGAAGAACCGAUAAACGUUGAUAAAGGAGCUAAAAAUCAGAACUCUUUGGUAAACUCUGAUAAUACUCAAGGAACAUACGAUACCGCAAAGCCGUUAAAUAAAGGAUUAGAAAACGAGUUAGAACAAUCGAUAAAUCAAUGGUCUGAGCGUGUUUUACAGAACCAGACAGGCGAUCAACCUGUUGAUAUUACUGCAAAACCUUCGAAUGAACCCCUCCCACCCGUAACAACUAUAACCAAUGCUAACAAAGACGGAACGAAAUUAGAGACUCAACAUGUAGUGAUGCCUUCGCAGAAGUCCUCAUUACUGACAACUUUAUCCAACUUUUGGGCAGAUAGAUCAGCCUCAUUCUGGAAACCGUUGACUUACCCCACAUCACCUACGGAACAUAUUUUUAUGGACAAUAACGUUAUCAUUAGGGAAGAUGAGCCUAGUUCAUUGAUUGCCUUCUGUCUCAGCUCUAAUGAUUACCAAAGGAAAGUUACUGCAAUGAUCAGAAAUGUCCGCCAAACCCCAGGAAGCUUCGAUUCUCAAAAUGGAAAACCAGAUCUCAAUACACUAAAAACAGAGUCAAUGGAAACUAAAUUAGAUGCUGACAGUCAUGAAAUUUCCUGCAAGGCAUCCAACACUGAUCUAGAAAUGAUCAUGACAAAGAAAACAGGAAUGCAUUUAAGAUAUCAAUUUCAAGAUGGAAACACGAUUAUGUCAUGUAAGAUCUUUUUCUUCGAACAAUUUGACGCCUUCAGAAAGAAGUGCGGUUGUGGAGAGGAAAACUUCAUACAGAGUUUAUCUCGUUGUAUUAAGUGGGAUUCAAGCGGGGGUAAGAGUGGCAGUGCAUUCUUGAAAACACUCGAUGACAGAUUUGUGAUCAAAGAGCUAUCUCACUCGGAACUAGAUGCUUUCAUCAAUUUCUCUUCAAGUUACUUCGAAUACAUGAGUCAAGCGCUGUUUCAUGACCUCCCAACAGCAUUAGCGAAAAUCCUUGGGUUUUACCAGAUUCAAAUCAGAAACGCUGCUACAGGUAAAAGUUUUAAGAUGGAUGUGAUUAUUAUGGAAAAUCUUUUCUAUGAGAAGAAAACGUCAAGGAUAUUUGAUCUAAAGGGGUCAAUGAGAAACAGACACGUAGAACAAACAGGCAAAGAAAAUGAGGUGUUAUUGGAUGAAAAUAUGGUGGAGUACAUCUAUGAAUCGCCCAUCUUUGUUCGUGAGUAUGAUAAGAAACUCUUACGUGCAUCUCUUUGGAACGAUACACUUUUCCUAGCUAAAAUGAAUGUGAUGGAUUAUUCUUUGGUCGUGGGUGUUGACAACCAAACGCAUAGUCUAACUGUGGGUAUCAUCGAUUGUAUUAGAACAUUUACUUGGGAUAAAAAACUUGAAAGUUGGGUGAAAGAGAAAGGACUUGUUGGGGGAAGUACGAAGGAGCCAACCGUCGUGACGCCUAGACAAUAUAAGAACAGAUUCAGAGAAGCUAUGGAUAGGUACAUCCUUAUGGUGCCGGACCCAUGGUAUCAAGACACUGAAACGUGA